GGAAGCCACAUGUUUUUGAGGUCAACCGGAUGCCAGCCAUGGCGAGGGAGAUUGCCGUAAGACAGCUGUCUGGGGAGGAAGACUCAUUCGUAGUGUCCGCCCACACGACCAUCCGUGAAUUCAAGAGGCAGCUGCACGCGUGGCUUCCCUGCGAAGAUGAAUCCAAGCGCAACAUGAGCUCGGUGGAGGUGGUUGUUGGAGACAAGCACCUAUUGAACAAAGAGGAGCUAGUGUCAGAGGCCAUUCCAGGUGCAGAAGUCCUAGCUUUCCUCAGCAUCCAGCCGGUAGUGUGCUCAAGCUUCCAAGCCUCCAGCUGCGAAGUGGAAGAUUUGUUGGUUGUGGAGAUUCCCGGAGACGUGAUUGCGAUUGAUGAUGAUGCCUUCAAAGGCUGCAGCUCAUUGGCAAGCGUGUCCAUUCCCAACUCCGUGACUGGGAUUGGAGAUUAUGCGUUUGCAGGCUGCAGCUUAUUGCCAAGCGUGACCAUCCCCACCUCCGUGAAUGUCAUUGGAGAUUGUGGCUUCAGAGGCUGCAGCUCAUUGGCAAGCGUGACCAUUCCCAACUCCGUGACUGAGAUUGGAGACUGGGCCUUUCACGGCUGCAGCUCAUUGACAAGCGUGACCAUUCCCAACUCCGUGACUGGGAUUGGAGAUUAUGCCUUUGCAGGCUGCAGCUUAUUGCCAAGCGUGACCAUCCCCAACUCCGUGGAUGUCAUUGGAGGUUGUGCCUUCAGAGGCUGCAGCUCAUUGGCAAGCGUGACCAUUCCCAACUCCGUGACUGAGAUUGGAGACUGGGCCUUUCACGGCUGCAGCUCAUUGGCAAGCUUGACCAUUCCCAACUCCGUGACUCAUGUAGGAGAUGGUGUCUUUGCAGACUGCAGCUCAUUGGCAAGCGUGACCAUCCCCAACUCCGUCAUUGGGAUUGGAAACUUUACCUUCAGAGGCUGCAGCUCAUUGGCAAGCGUGACCAUUCCCAACUCUGUGACUGGGAUUGGAGAUCAUGCCUUUGCAGGCUGCAGCUUAUUGGCAUGCGUGACCAUUCCCAACUCCGUGAGGUAUAUAGAAAAAUAUGUAUUCGAAGGCUGCAGCUCAUUGGCAAGCGUGACAAUUCCCAACUCUGUGACUGAGAUUCGGGAACAUGCCUUUCAAGGUUGCUGCUCAUGGGCAAGCGUCACUAUUCCCAACUCUGUGACUGGGAUUGAAGAUUAUGCCUUUGCAGGCUGCAGCUUAUUGGCAAGCGUGACCAUCCCCAACUCCGUGAAUGUCAUUGGAGAUUGUGCCUUUGAAGGCUGCGGCUCAUUGGCAAGCGUGACCAUUCCGGACCCCGUGACUGAGAUUGGAGAUUAUGCCUUUACAGGAUGCAGCUCAUUGGCAAGCGUGACCAUUCCCAACUCCGUGACUGGGAUUGGAGAUUAUUCCGUUGCAGGCUGCAGCUUAUUGGCAAGCGUGACCAUUCCCAACUCUGUGACUGCGAUUGGAGAUUGUGCCUUCAGAGGCUGCAGCUCAUUGGCAAGCGUGACCAUUCCCAACUCCGUGACUGGGAUUGGAGAUCAUGCCUUUGCAGGCUGCAGCUUAUUGGCAAGCGCGACCAUCCCCAACUCCGAGACUUGUAUCGGAGAAGGUGCCUUUGAAGGCUGCAUCUUCCUUUUGGAGUCAGAUGGGACAUGAAGACAUUUGUAGCUUGGAGUAUGGCGACAAUGUUGCUAAUGCGGGUUUCCAACCCCCAGUUUGUAGAACAUGCGAUCCCCGGGUUCCUAAUUUUCGGAGUUGCCCCCAUGUUGCCGCACGCUUGCGCGCCCGAACUUGGCGACAAGCCCUUCGAAAGCGCGACGCUUGGCCCCGGAGCCGUUUCGGUCACAUGAUAUUCCCAUAUGGCCGUUUCGGUGAUUCCGACAACGGCCGUGAUCUGGUACGGCGCC